AUGGCCGGAGAACGUGCUCCCAAGUACCGGCAGGAGAUCCAGCAGAUGAUGUUUGUCUCCGGAGAAACUGCCGAACCAUCACAAGAAACCACCACUCUUAUUGAAGAAAUCGUUCGUCAACAAGUUGUCGAAAUGCUCACUCGCAGCACGGCUCUCGCAACCCGCCGCGGAAACCGUUCCAUUUCUACAGACGAUUUGAUCUUUUUGAUCCGCCACGACAAAGCCAAAGUCAGCCGUCUGAGGACUUUCUUGUCGUGGAAAGACGUUCGCAAAAACGUCAAGGAUUCAGACGACAAGGCCGGAGCCGACGCAGCCGAUUUCGCGGCCGGCGAUGAUCCGCUUGCAGGUGCUGGUGUGGCCGGGCCACAAGAUAUGGCCGCCAAACCCAAGAACAAACGCGCCAAAGUCGGGUUACCAUGGGACAUCAACAGUUUUUACUCCGUCCAAGCUCCCGAGCGGGAAGACGAGGAAGAUGAAGAGGAAGAAGAGCAGAACUACGCGACAUUACAACGUCUCGCGACCGCCGACGAACGAACCAAAAACAUGACGAAAGAGGAAUACGUAUUUUGGUCCGAUUGUCGACAAGCAUCUUUCACUUUCCGUAAAGGAAAACGAUUCCGAGAAUGGGCCGGGUUCGGGAUCGUGACUGAAUCCAAACCCAAUGAUGAUAUCGUUGAUAUUUUGGGAUUCUUGACGUUUGAGAUUGUGCAGACCCUAACCGAGGAAGCGCUCAAAGUUAAAGAGCGUGAGGAUCGGGAAAAGAAAGGUCGUGGAGGUGCAGAUUCGGAUUCGGGAGAUAAUCCAAAGAAACGAAAACGUGAGACGGGGUUGUUUGAUCCCCCGGAAGAAGGGAGGACCCCGAUCGAGCCGAGACAUAUUCGAGAGGCGUUUCGGAAGUUGCAGGCUACGCCGCAAAAGUCGGUUGCUAUGUUGCUUCAUGAUGGGCGUGUGCCUGCGCGUUUUCCGAUUCGGUUGGUUUGA